AUGGCGAAGGUAAAGAACGCGAGCGGUCGACAAUAUGAGUCAUAUCGAGGUCCUCCGGAACAAGCACAAGUUCAACCGGAACAACCCACAGAAGAUUCGACAAUGAAUGAGGCGGAGGAUCCCCGUUCGGAAGACCACGAAGUUCAAGAACAGGAGAAGUCACACGAUGGGAAUGAAGAAGAAACCGGGAAUGAGUUUGGAAUGCUAAUUAGUUUGGGAAUGAGGCUGAGAAUGUAG